AUGAUAAGUGGUUAUAAUUGGUUAAGGAACACUGCUCCCGCACCAAAUCCCGGUGAAAAGGGUGGACAAGCGCUGGCUAUAAAGGUUGUAGGAGACAAAUGUGCUUUUUAUGGUUGUGGUUUUUAUGGGCAUCAAGACACCCUUCUAGACCAAGAAGGACGGCAUUUCUACAAAGAUUGCUUCAUUGAAGGAUCCAUAGAUUUCAUUUUCGAUAAUGCAAGGUCGCUAUAUCAGGUACACUAGUGUCUUGACUGCACAAUUAACUCGGUCGCAAAGGAAAACACACUCGGGUGUAUCAUUCACGGCAAAUGGAAAAGGGUCACAACUGAACGAACGGGGUUUGCUUUUGUGAACUGCAAGAUUAAAGGAAGUGUGAAUGUGUGGCUCAGACGAGCAUAAAGGGCGUAUGCUACGGUUGUUUUCUCGAGAACAUAUGUCCGGAGUUGUUUCCUAGAUCCCUGGAAUGAUAUGGGAGAUCACACGAGACAAAGGACGGUCUAUUAUGGAGAACAUCGAUGCUAUGGACCGGGAGCGAAUCACAGUGGAAGGGUUACCUAUGCGAAGCAACUCACAGAUGUGGAGGCUGCUCCUUUCACGAACAUUACAUUUAUCGACGGAGAUCAAUGGCUUUAG